UUUGUUAUGCUUCAAAAUUUUAAUUCAGAUGCCCAAUUUCAUAGAGCUGCUUUCAAAACACAAAAGUAGCUAACACCAAACAAUAUUGCUUACCAGAAUAAGUUUACCAGCCAAGAUAUUUUGUCAUGUGUGCUAUCUGUACCUGGUAUCUUGUUUGGAAUUGCUAAAAGCAUGGAGUAUUGCUCCAUGCUAAAAGCAACAAUUUUCUGCUUAAGCAGCUCUCUAUAAUUUGGCCCUGGUAAGCGUCGUCAUAUGACAUUUUUCAACCAAUGGGAUAAAACCAGCCUAAAUUUAUGAUUGUUGCAUUGCAUUCCAGGGCUUCAGCAGACUUCGGAACAGCUAAAGAGUACUUAAGAGAAGCCAUCGCUAUCGCCGAGCGACUUGAAGAUCCUGUUGCCGUGGCAGAUCGCCAUGGGGACUUGGGAACCACUUUUCGGUCGGAGGGGCGGUUCACCGAUGCCCUUACCCAUCAGAAACAACAGUUUGUGUUCGCAAAACAAAGAGGUGACCAGGCAGCUCUAGUUGUAUCCUGCUUCAACAUUGGCUUCACUCAUUACUCCAUGAGCCCACCGGACUACGACAUGGCCUUGGUCUACCACGCCAUACACUUGGAGCUGUCCGACAGGAUCGGGUACUUGGCGAUGAAGUCGCGUGCCUUAAACUGCCUCGGCAAGAUAUACACAGCUCUGAAGGACAAUGAGGCGGCCAUCUUGCUCCUUGUGGAAUGCUUGGAAGUCCACAGUCAAACGGGAAACCCUCGCGGACUGGGCAUAGCCUACGGGAACAUCGGUACGGUGUACCGAGCCAUGGGUCCAGACGGACAUGCAACAGAUAGACGACACUCAUGUCCUCUUCAACAUUUUCAAUGCGGCUACCAUCAACCACAUCGUUGUCUUCCUGACCGGGACCGGAGCGUUUCCAGAGGGAAUGGGCAGGGCCAUCUACUUCAGUUGGCCGUCACCGGAGGGCGAAAUGGUCUGGAUGUUUCUCGGUUUCAUCACCAACGAAAAGCCAAGUGCCAUUUUUAAAGUAGUCGGCUUGAAGAAAGUCUAUGCCUGUACAGCAGCCGAUGAAGACGAUGUCACAGAUUGGAAUCUCUGUGGAACCCCUUCACGUUAUCCAGCAUCAGAUAC